AUGAGAUCCCGCGGGUUAUUCAGUGCUUGUGCUGUUGCUGUAUCCGGCAUCGAGGCUGUGACGGCGCACACCUUCAUCUGGGGCGUUUUCGUCAACGGCGUUGACCAAGGGACGUACCGAGCGAUUCGCACCCCGGCGUACAAUAACCCACCGCCGCGCGGGUACGCCAACUCGCCCGUCAAAGACCUCGACUCGAUCGACAUGCGAUGCAACGUCCUCGGCGACAAGCAGGUCCCGUACACCAUCAAGGUGGCCCCGGGCGACAACUUGACCUUUGACUGGCACCACAACAACAGGACAGACGCAGACGAUGUCAUCGCCGACUCGCAUCACGGACCGGCCCUCGUGUACCUGUCGCCCGAUCCGCCGACGGACAACUCAUUCGUCAAGAUCUGGGAGGAGGGCCUGUACGAGCAGGGCACGACGCCCUUCACGCCGGGCAAAUGGGCCACGACGGCCGACAUAGCCGCGAACCACGGACACAUGAACGUCCGCAUCCCCGCGGGGCUGAAGGCUGGCCACUACCUCAUCCGCGCAGAGAUGAUUGGCCUACACGAGGCCGACGCCAACUACCAGAAGGUGCCGUUCCGCGGAGCCCAGUUCUACCCCAACUGUGUGCAGAUCGAGGUGGUCGGAGACGGCGCCGUCGAGCUGCCCGAGGGCGUCUCGUUCCCAGGCGCCUACAAGUACAGCGACCCUGGCGUCGUGUACGACAUUUACUGCUCGACCAAGACCACGCUCACCACCCCCUGCGCCACCACCACGUACCAGAUUCCAGUCUGGUCCGGCGCGUGGGCCGAGACCACGGCCGUCCCUCUCGGGCCCAUCUCGGGCGUUAGCACGGCGACGUUGUGGAGCAGCUGGAUCGUCAAGUCGGUGGUCACGUCGGCCACGUACGUCGGCAACGUGCCGCACGUAGUCGCCACAUCCACGUACGAGGCGUCGUGGUCGGCGCACUACGUGGCGCCCACCGCAGUCGCUGUUUGA